AUGAUGGGCCUUGGGAGUUAUGGCUACACAGCUCCAAUGGCAAGAAGAACUGGUGCAGUGUAUGGUGUUCCUGAGGGAGUGGACAUAAGGGGUAGAUAUGAUGAAGAGUUUGCUAAGAUUCUCACUAAGGAUGCUUUGCAGUUUGUUGCUGAAUUGCAGAGAGAGUUUAGGAACCAUAUUAAGUAUGCACUGGAGUGUAGGAAGGAAGACAAGAUGAGGUAUAAUAAGGGGGCGUUGCCAGGUUUCGAUCCGGCGACGACGUAUGUGAGGGAGGGGGAGUGGGUGUGUGCAUCAGUUCCGCCGGCCGUAGCUGAUCGGAGGGUGGAGAUCACAGGUCCGGUGGAGAGGAAAAUGAUCAUCAAUGCACUCAACUCUGGGGCUAAGGUUUUCAUGGCUGAUUUUGAAGAUGCCCUCUCACCAAGUUGGGAGAACCUUAUAAGAGGGCAAGUUAACUUGAAGGAUGCUGUUGAUGGGACUAUAAGCUUCCAUGAUCAGGCUAGGAACAGGGUUUACAAGCUCAAUGAUCAGACUGCUAAACUCUUUGUCCGACCAAGAGGGUGGCACUUACCAGAGGCCCACAUUUUCAUUGAUGGUGAACCUGCAACCGGUUGCCUUGUGGAUUUUGGCCUUUAUUUUUACCACAACUAUGCAGCAUUCCGCCGGAACCAAGGUGUAGGGUUUGGUCCUUUCUUCUACCUCCCAAAAAUGGAGCAUUCAAGGGAAGCUAAGAUAUGGAACAGUGUGUUUGACAAGGCAGAGAAAGUGGCUGGAAUAGAGAAAGGAAGCAUCAGAGCCACUGUUCUAAUUGAAACACUUCCAGCUGUCUUCCAGAUGGAUGAAAUCCUCUAUGAAUUGAGGGAUCACUCUGUUGGGCUGAACUGCGGUAGAUGGGAUUACAUAUUCAGUUAUGUUAAGACUUUCCGGGCACACCCUGACCGCUUGCUACCAGACAGGGUUCAAGUUGGCAUGACUCAGCACUUUAUGAGAAGUUACUCUGAUCUCCUCAUCAGGACCUGCCACAGGCGUGGUGUGCAUGCCAUGGGCGGAAUGGCAGCUCAGAUUCCAAUCAGAGAUGACCCUAGUGCAAACGAGGCAGCACUGGAAUUGGUAAGGAAGGAUAAACUAAGAGAGGUGAAGGCAGGGCAUGAUGGAACUUGGGCAGCCCACCCCGGGCUUAUCCCAGCAAUCAUGGAAGUCUUCAACAUCAACAUGAGCAAUGCUCCUAAUCAAAUACAAACCAUGAAGCGAGAAGAUGCCGCAACCCUGACUGAAGAAGACCUCUUACAUAGUCCCAGAGGAGUCCGAACCAUGGAAGGCCUCCGGCUCAACACUCGUGUUGGAAUCCAGUACUUGGCAGCUUGGCUCAUGGGAACUGGGUCGGUUCCUCUGUACAACCUAAUGGAAGAUGCUGCUACAGCUGAGAUAAGCAGGGUUCAGAACUGGCAAUGGCUGAAAUAUGGAGUGGAAUUGAAUGGAGAUGGAAUUGGGGUGAGGGUGACCUUGGACCUCUUUGGGAGAGUGGUUGAAGAAGAGAUGGCUAGAAUUGAGAGAGAGGUUGGUAAGGAAAAGUUCAAGGGGGGAAUGUACAAGGAGGCUUGCAAGAUAUUCACUAGGCAAUGCACAACCCCAACACUGGAUGAUUUUCUGACCCUUGAUGCUUACAAUCACAUUGUCAUCCAUCACCCUAGGGGAUCAUCUAAGCUUUGA